GAGGGAAAGGAGUGCGCCCAGGGACACGUGGUGGCUGGGUCUGGCGGUGCUGGGUCACGGCGUGGCUCACAUGGCAGCGGUGCAUGUCUGCUUGUUAUGUCACUACAUGCAGCCUGUUUUUUUUCUUGCCUUAGGGGGUGUGAUAGCUUACAUCAGCUCUUCAAGCUCGGCAUCUAGCCCAGCCUCAUGUCACAGCGAGAGCUCAGACAGCGGUUUCCAGUCGUCCUCCUCGCCUGUACCAUCUUCUCCGAACAGCUCCUCCUUGGAAAGUGGCUGCAAUGGCCGGAGCAGUGAGGGCUCUGAUGGGGCUCCGAAGAGCGAUCGGCUGGAGGAAACUAUUAAAGCAAACCAGUCGAGUGUUGCUGGUUUGACAAAAGGCCAUAAUGGAGUCACAAAAUUUAAUGGCAUGGUUCUUCUUUGCAAAGUCUGUGGAGAUGUUGCUUCAGGAUUUCAUUAUGGUGUUCAUGCCUGUGAGGGCUGCAAGGGUUUUUUCAGAAGAAGCAUUCAGCAAAACAUCCAGUAUAAGAAGUGCUUGAAGAAUAACAACUGCUCUAUAAUGAGAAUGAAUAGGAACAGAUGCCAGCAGUGUCGUUUCAAAAAAUGCCUCUCUGUUGGGAUGUCAAGAGAUGCUGUUCGAUUUGGCCGCAUUCCCAAACGUGAAAAACAGAGGAUGCUGAUUGAAAUGCAGAGUGCCAUGAAAACCAUGAUGAACAGUCAGUUCAGCAGUCACUUACCCAAUGAAGCAUUAACAGAACAUCAAGAUCAAGCUCCUCAAGAAGACCUUUCCUCCAAGCCCAAGCAAGAGCGGGAAGCCAUCAAAAGCCCUUCUUCCUCUCCUAGCACUGACAUGGCAAAGGAAGAAGUGAUCGGUAUGGUCACAAGGGCCCACAAAGACACUUUCAUGUACAACCAAGAACAGUCCCAAAACCCAGCAGAGAUUAUGCAGUCCCAGAGCGGGGAGAGUGUGUCCAGGAACACUGAGCAGUACGUCUUGAGCAGCGAGCACUGUAUUGGUGGGCUUGGUGGCCCUCAGUACCCUGAAAGCGAGCAGCACCUUGGUGGACAGUACAAAGGGAGAAGUGCGAUGCAUUACCCAAGUGGGCACGCCAUGUGUUUCACAGGGGGACACUGCAUGAACUUCACCAAUGGUUAUACUCAGCGGCUGUGUGAUAGGAUCCCAGAAGAUGGCUUUUCUCCGAACAAGAAUACUCCUUACUCUUGCAGCACUGGAGGAAGAAUGCAUCUGGUCUGCCCAAUGAGUAAGACUCCUCACGUGGACCCAAACAAGUCUGGCCAUGAAGUCUGGGAAGAGUUUUCCCUGAGUUUUACCCCUGCGGUGAAGGAAGUGGUGGAGUUUGCCAAGCGCAUCCCAGGAUUCCGAGAUCUCUCCCAACAUGACCAGGUUAAUCUUCUGAAAGCUGGGACCUUCGAG